AUGUAAACAAACGACACCAGCAUCAACGACGAACACUAAAAAAAAGGAAAAUUACGUGAAAAUUAUGGAAAAAUUGUGUCGUUUGUGUCUCGCGGUGUAUUCGCCACACGAUGAGAGUUACGGAAAUGAUGAAUUUAUCGAAAAAAGUGCCCUGAAAACGCAAAAUUUGAUACAAAAAAUCUUCGGUAUUGAACUCCAUUUUCCGCCCGGCGAAGACGACAUAAUGUGCGCUACAUGUUGCAAAUAUCUCGAAAUCUCCCACCAAUUCUUCGAAAUGGUCGUCAAAGCGCAAGAUUACCUGCUGGAAACUGAACCAAAGUUUGCUGUUGUUGCCACCGAUGGGGAAGUUGUCGCCGAAGGACUCAGUUACAACGAAGCUUUGGGCGAAACUGAGAUAAAAAUUGAAGAAACAAAACUCGAACCUGCUACAAAAAACGUUUCCGAAGCUCCAGUCACCAUAAAAUCCGUCGAAGAAGAAGAAGACGACCUAAUUUCGCAGUAUUUUGAUCUCUCGUGUUCCAUGUGUUCCGUUCCGCCAUUCCAAAAGUUCUUCGAUUUCAAGGCACACAUGCGAACGGAACAUUUUCAGCCAAAUGUCAUCAUCACCUGUUGUAAUUUCAAAUUUGACAAACGCGUUGCUCUGCUCGAACACAUCACAUAUCACCAAAAUCCGGAAAAAUUCAAAUGCAAAGAGUGCGAUAAGCAAUUCACCGCUGCCAAAAAACUCUCGAAUCACGUAAAAACGAUCCAUGGGCCACGAGAUGCUCUCAAGCACGAAUGUCAGGUGUGUGGAAAACGCUUUUUAUUGUCUUGCACGUUGAAAACUCACAUGGAAAUCCAUCUCACGGAAGAAGAACGUGAAGCCAGGACACUUUAUUGCGAUCUCUGUGGCAGCGGAUGCAUGUCAAAGUACAAAUUGGAGAAACACAUGGAACAAGUGCAUCUCAACAAAAAUCUCUACGUUUGCGAUAUUUGUGCAAAAGUCUACAAAACGAAGAGCCAAUAUCGGUAUCAUUACACGACGGCACAUACCGAAGCGGCGAAACAGCCAAAAGUUCAAUGCGACAUUUGUGAAAAGUUUUUCCUGAAUGAGCAGUGUUUGAGGAUGCACAUCAAGGGAAUGCACGCGGAAAGGGGAAAUCAUGUCUGUAACGUUUGUGGAAAAGUAUCGCAAACGAUAAGGGCACUGAGGUCUCAUAAGCGAUACAUGCACAUGGCAAGUAGGAAAUUCGCUUGUAAUAUUUGUGAAAAGGCGUUUAAAGUGGCGGAUGCGUUAAAAGAACACAUGCAAGUGCAUUUGGGAGGCACCUUGUACAAUUGUGACUUUUGUGAGAGGACUUUUAAUUCGAGAUCGAACAUGUAUGCCCAUCGAAAAGCGACGCAUCCUGUCGAAUUGGCAAAAAUGCGACAGGAGAAGCAGGAAAAGGGAUUGAAAUACCUCUUUGGCGGAGAACUUGGCAUCACCCAAAUUCGUGGCGUGCUGAUUGAGGAAAUUCGCGACGACUUCCCAGCGUUGCACUGUGCCAGCGGGGAAGAGAUUGACAGCCUUGAUGAGCAACUGAAUAUUUUCCAGGGUCCAGAGUUGUUUGCGAUUCACGGCUGGUUUGACGGCGGAAUUAGCGCUGGGGAAUUUUUCGACGGCAUCACGAUCGCUGUUGUCAUCGCCCAACAAUGGCACGUUUCGUUUCUCGCUCCAGCGUUUAUUGAGUUCGAAUUGUGGCCCGAGGACGCCGUAAAAGUCCUUUUCGACAGCUUGUUGGGAGGGAAGCGUAUCAUCGAACUCCGGAUCGACCGAAUCCUUCCGGACAUCAUCAUGAGCCAAUGUCGCCUUUGUUUGAGCCCAAAAAAGCCUUUAAAAGACUGGAAUGAGGCUUUAGACGAAGGAAAAUCCGAAAAAGGGACUGUUAAAGAGACUUUGCUGAAAAUUUUCCGUCUUGACGAGCUUCAGGAACAACAAAAUGGAGCAAUUUGUGAUGCCUGCUUUGAAAAACUUCAAGAAAUUCACGAGUUUUAUGAAAGAAUUUUGGAAAGUCAUCGAGUUUUAAGUGAAAAAUCAUCGAAAAAUGCCUCGGAAGUGCCUUCAGAUGUCGAUUGUGAUACAAAUUUUUCCACCGAAUUGCCUAAAAUUGCUCCGCAAAGCCUAAAAAAGGUUCAAAAGUCAUCGAAAAAACAUCAACAGUCCCAAGAAGAUCAAAUAAUCAAAGAAUUUUACGGGCUACGAUGUCAACAAUGCACGGAAAUGCCUUCUUUUGAUACUUUAAACAAAUUACGGGAUCAUAAUCGAGCUGCACAUUCCCUCAAAGUCACCACGAUCGAAUGUUGUUCGAAAAUUUUCAAGAAACGCGGUCAAUUAUUGGAUCACGCCAAGAGUCACAUCAACCCCGAAGAGCUUACAUGUCUCGAAUGCAACAAAAUUUGCGCCAAUCGGUAUCGUUUGAAGCUUCACGCAGCGCAACAUCAAAAUUCACAAAAAUCUUUCGCCUGCCCGACAUGCGAAAAACGAUUUUUAACGUCGUGCAACUUGAAAGCUCACGAAAAAACGCAUUUAUCUUCGGAGGAAAAGGCGGCAAUGAAAACUCACGUUUGCCAGACUUGCCAAAGUGCUUUUAUGUCGAAAUCGCUGCUCGCCCAUCACAUUCGGCAGAUUCACGAGAAGCGCUAUACGUGCAUUUGUGACAUUUGCGCCCGAAGUUUCAAGACAAAAAUGCAUUUUUUGAGUCAUUACAGGCAUGUGCACACAAAUCCCGACCAAAUUCGGGUGCAAUGUCAGAUUUGCGGGAAAUGGGUGGCAAAUGAGCAAGCCUUGAAGAAGCAUGUGAGACUGAAUCACGACGAUCCGGGUCCGCAUGUGUGUUCGGAAUGCGGAAAAGAGGCGCCCACGAAGAAUGCACUGAUUUCGCAUGAAAGGUACAUGCACAAGUCGGCGAAUAAGUUCAAAUGUCAGUUUUGUGUGAAGUGUUUUAAGAAGCCGAUUCACCUGAGGGAACAUCUGACGACGCAUUUGGGCGGCGUGUUGUACCGAUGUGACUUUUGUGAGAAGACUUUCAACUCGGGAGCGAAUUAUUUCAAGCAUAGGAAGCAGAAACAUGCGGAAGAAUUAAAGAAAAAGGGAGGAAAAGGGAAAAAUUGUUGGAGUAACUUGAAAUUUUGAGAGAUUUUUAGACUAUUGGAUUGAAUUAA